AUGGUUUCUGAGAAAGCUGGCGAGUCGUCCAAGAACCUGGUUGUUACCACAGUUCUUUCCCCGGAAGAGCUGCAGGAUGUCGACCAGGGAUUUGGGUAUGCACUGGAGACAGACGGCGUCGUUUUAGAUCCAGAGUUUGAGAAGAAAGUUGUGAGAAAAAUCGACUGGUACAUUUUGCCUAUGAUGUGUAUUCUCAUGUCCUGUCAGUUGAUGGACAAAUCCACAAACUCGUAUGCCUCCAUUACUGGCCUCCGGACAGACCUCAAUAUGAGUUCCCGAACAUACUCGUGGGUGGGCAGCAGCUUCUACCUGGGCUAUCUGGGCUUCUGCUAUCCGGCAAGUAUGCUGCUUCAGAGGUUUCCGCUGUCCAAGACUCUGGGAUGCGCAGUCAUAGCGUGGGGUGUCGUGAUCUGCUGUCACGGUGCUACCCAAUCCAGCUCGACGUUUCUCCUCUGCAGAACGCUUCUCGGCGUCUGUGAGUCGUUCAUGGAUCCCGCGUACAUGAUUAUGACCAGUCAGUGGUAUAAGAAAGAUGAGCAGUAUAGACGCUGUGGCUAUUGGCUUGGGUUCCAAGGAUUUGGCACAAUGCUUGGAUCUCUGAUUGCGUACGGUUUCUAUACCCACAAAAGCGAGUUCUCAACGUCCCCAUGGAGGUACCUGUACGUCGUCACGGGUGUGAUUACUAUAUUCUUUGGCAUUUUGUCCAUCAUCCAUAUCCCAGAUAUUCCCGUCAAGGCGUGGUUUCUGAACGAUGAAGAAAAAAAGUAUGUGGUUGAGAGAAUCAGAGGCAACAGAACGGGAUUCGGUAACCAGCACUUUAAAUUGGCUCAGCUUAAGGAGGCUGCAUCCGACAUCACCACCUAUCUGUUUUUCUUCUACAUGUUUGGAUACGGUAUUCCUAACGGCUCCAUUGGAAACUUUAGCUCCAUCCUGUUGAGCACAGGGUUCGGAUUUUCGACUGAGCAGUCUCUGCUGCUUAAUAUGGUUGGAAGUGGAAUUGAUAUCAUUUUCCCGUUGGCUUUUGCCUAUGUCAAUCUGUAUUUGAUCAAGAGCAGGUUACUGGUGUGCUUCUGCAUCAACUCCCUGGUGUUCACCGGCCUGUGUCUGCUUGCGUUUGCGCCGUCCAAAGGAGCACAGCUGGCCGGAUUCUUCUUGUCGUACCUGACUACCGCUAGCUGGGCAUGUAUGAGCUCUGUGGUUUCUUCGAAUGUUGCUGGUCACACGAAGAAGAUCACAGCAAACACAUUGUUCCUUAUUGGGUUCUCCACGGGCAAUAUCAUUGGUCCACAGGCCUUCCUUGGUUCCGAAGCACCGGUGUACAUCACAGCUAAGAGGACUAUGGUGGGUACUUACGUUAUCUCCGCCACUGUCCCUCUGAUCCUCUAUGUCAUCUACCACUUCAGGAACAAAAAGGAGAACAAAGUGCUGGUGGAUGAUACGCUCCUCGCUUUUGGAGAUCUCACUGACAAAACCAAUCCGGUUUUCAAGUACGUUCUAUAG